ACUUACGUAUACAUAAAAAUGUACAAUCUCAUUGUAUUGCUCUCACUCCCUAUCAUUGGCUGUAUAUUAAAUAUGGAUUUCACGUCCGACAGGUCCAAUUAUUACUGGUCCAUAAAGACCGGCGCGCAUCGCACCGUGCUCAAACUUCCCUAUUCAGAUCUACUGAGAAUCAACAUCACAUAGACCAAAUAAAAGAGGGAUUAAGAUUUUUAAAAUUCGAAGGUGGUCUGCUUUCAUUGGCAGUAUAUUCAUGGUCGUUUUCAGCAGUCCUGGUAAUGGUUUUGGAUAAAUUUGUAGACCUCCAGGUGCAUAGAUUCCAAAGCCAUGGCUGGCUGCCGAAUCAACAUGAUCACUAUCCUCUUGACAUCAAUAUAUUGCCUGCAAGUUCACACGGCUGCUCAUUCGUCGAAAGGGUGGUUGAACCAUGGCGGAGAUGUAUACAACCGGAGAUAUGCUGCCAGUGAGACCAAGAUUACGCCGUUAACAGCUUCAAAAUGUGUCUCAAGUGGGAAUUUUAUACCGGAAAAGACAUCACGGCCACUCCGGCAAUAUCUGAAGGAGUUGUUUAUUUUCCGAGCUGGAAUGGAUACAUAUACGCCGUGGAAGCAGCAGAUGACUCACUUAUGUGGAAGAAAUAUUUGAGACGGCUCACGGGUCUAGGCCCGUCCUUGCCACUUAAAAAUGUUACAUCGAUGGUUUCCAGGGCUACUCCAACUAUAGCUGGUGAGAAACUGAUUGUUCCAAUUUACGGAACUGCUUAUGUUGUGGCGCUUAGAUGCAAGACAGGGGAGCUUGUCUGGAUGAGACAGGUCGAGAGGCAUCCAGAUGGUGUGAUCACCAUGUCUGGGACGCACUACAAGAAGUAAGCUUCCUGAUGCACCAGGUUUCUUGGUUUUCAUGGCCGUCGGGUUUUCGUGGUUCCUGAUGCAAGACUGGAGAGAUCCUCCGGUCGUAUGAGACUGAGGCCUCUGUGUUCGGCGACUUGUCGAGUAGCCAAGGAUGCAUCUUCGUUGGGAAUGGCUACGCGGUUCACUUUGGGACUCUGAAUCCUCUACUGACUGCAGGAACUUCCCUUUUUACCUUCUGCCUGGAUUAAAACACUGACUAUCAUCUUUCUGAUCUCCAAUUAUAUAUAUACAUAUAUAUAUAUUGUGGUUAGUCUACAAUAAUGUCUUCGGACAAGGUAAUGGUGAAAAUCCAGGGAGGGUCAAAGCUCAAUUCAACUUUGUAAUAUAUGCUUGCACCUGAAUAUCUGCCAGAUUUGGCCAAUUCCCUAUGCUAGAAGAAGAAAGACAACGACAAAAGUUGAAUUUAUAUAUUCUAAGCAAAUAAAGGAACAGGAUUCAUAGCGUUAUUAUAAUAGCAAAAAUUCAACAGAUCCUAAUUCCUACACAAUGCUUGUAAGCAAAGGAACAAUAAUACGCAUUUUAAAUGAUGUAAUAGUCAACUAAUUCCCAGUACAGAAAAAUUCUACAAAUCCAUCUAAACUUCUACUAAUGCACCUAACUACAGUAUCAGCUAAGCAUCUCCUAAUCAAUGGCGAGAUCAAGUACUUCCAGAUGCAGUUUUAUCAACUUCAUAUCACUGUUUUGUCUCAUCGAUUUUGCUAUUUCUACACAUGGGACUGAAGGGCAGAAUAAUCAUUCUGGAAAUUGGUUAAACCAUGGAGGUGACCUUUACAAUCGCAGAUAUGCUGAAAAAGAAACCAGGAUUAGUCCUUCAACUGCUUUUCGUCUACGACUCAAGUGGAGGUUCUACUCUGGGGGCGACAUUAGUGCAACACCUGCAAUCCUUGAUGAGAUUGUUUAUUUCCCAAGCUGGAAUGGAAAUAUCUAUGCGGUGAAAGCCGCAGACGGCUCCCUAGUUUGGAAAAAGAAUUUGCAAGCAUUAACAGGCCUUAAUGCAACCAUAUCAUUAACAAAUGAUACUUUUGUUAGAUCAAGAACAACUCCUAUUAUAGCUGAGGAUAAGCUGAUCAUACCAAUAUAUGGCCCUGCUUAUGUUAUUGCUGUUAAACGUGCUACCGGGCAGCUUAUUUGGAAGAGACAGCUUGACAAGCAUCCAGCUGCAAUUAUCACCAUGUCUGGAACCUACUACAGAAAAGCUCUGUACAUCGGUGUUUCUUCGCUAGAGGAAACAUACAGCAUCGAGGACUGCUGCACAUUCCGAGGGAGCUUUGCAAAGUUAGAUACACAUACAGGCACCAUUUACUGGCAAACAUAUAUGUUACCUGACAAUAAUGGGGAGAGAGGAAGAUAUGCUGGAGCAGCAUUGUGGGGAAGCAGCCCUUCCAUUGAUGCACGUAGAAACCACGUGUAUAUUGCCACAGGAAAUCUUUACUCAGUUCCUGAGGAUGUCGAAGAAUGUCAGGAAAGACAAAAUAAUCAGACAGUUCCAACCCACCCCGAAGAGUGUGUUUCACCUGAUGUUCAUUUCAACUCAAUGCUAGCUCUAGACAUGAAAUCUGGAAAGAUCAGGUGGUAUAAACAGAUUGGAGGAUAUGAUGUGUGGUUCUUUGCCUGCAAUAAUCUCUCGACCCCAAAUUGUCCUCCUGGCCCGAACCCUGAUGCCGAUUUCGGUGAGGCACCAAUGAUGCUGACCAUCAUUCUCAAUAACACUAAACUAGAUAUUGUUGUUGCUGUUCAGAAAAGUGGAUUCACUUGGGCUCUUAACCGGAGCAGCGGCGACAUAGUCUGGUCCACUGAGGCUGGUCCAGGAGGCACUAUGGGAGGAGGAACCUGGGGAGCAGCCACAGACACCCGGAGGAUCUACACCAAUAUAGCCAACAGUGACAAGAAGAACUUCACUCUUCUGCCAUCCAACAAAGUGACAACCGGAGGAGGUUGGGUGGCCCUGGAUCCUGUAACAGGCAGAAUCUUGUGGUCAACAGCUGUUCCAUAUAAUGCCACAACCAAUCCAGUGACCGUUGCCAAUGGAGUUGUCUUUGCAGGCUCGACGUAUGGAACAGGGCCAGUGUAUGCCAUCGAUGCUGCAACUGGACAGAUACUGUGGUCGUAUGAGACAGGAGCUUCUGUAUACGGGGGGUUUUCUGUGAGCAGAGGAUGUGCAUACGUAGGACAUGGAUACCGUAUGAUUCCAUUCUUCACUGCAGGAAGCUAUCUCCAUGCAUUCUGUGUGUACUAGACUAGAUUCAUUGUGCUU